AUGGAGGGAGAAACAUCAUACACAGUAGGUCCACCACCAAUUUUUUAUGGUGAAGAGUACGAAUUAUGGGCUACAAGGAUGACCACUCAUCUUGAAGCUUUGGUUUCACAAGUAGUAGAAGAAAACUAUGAUGUUCUUGAACUACCUUUAAAUCCAAUGGUGGCUCACAUGAAGAAUCAUAGAGAGAGGAAUACCAAAAAGGCUAAGGCUAAAAAUUGCCUUUUCUCUGUUGUGUCAAAAAUUAUUUUUACAAGAAUUAUGAACUUCAAGUCUGCCAAACAGAUUUGGGAUUAUCUUAGAUCAGAAUAUCAAGGCUGUGAAAGAACCAAAGGCAUGCAAGUACUCAACUUGGGCAGAGAAUUCAAUAUGCAGAGCAUGAAAGAGAUUGAAACAAUUAAAGGCUACACUGACCGGCUAUUAGGUAUAGCAAAUAGAGUGAGGUUUCUUGGGAAGGACUUUCCUGAUGAAAGAAUAGUGCAAAAAAUACUGGUCACUAUACCCGAGAAGUAUGAAUCGAAGAUAUCAGCAUUGGAGGAGUCUAAAGACCUGUAA